UGCUCACACGACCCAAGCACGGAUAUGAUGAUAUCCUUGAACAAGUGAACGUCCCCUGACAGUGUCGUUGUUUAAAGAAGAUUGAAAGGUUGAUUUGGCUCAAAAAUAGUGGCUAAAGGGAACGGAUUCCAAUAUAGACUAUGCAUUGACAGAUGUAUGCACCCUAUAGCACCGUAAUACUCUAAUUCCCUCCUUCUUCCUUUCAUUCAUAAUGAUACCAUGAUUAAGGUUUAUAAUGAUAAAAGCAACCAUACUUCCAUUCAAAACAAAUCGAUGAAGAUUCUAUACAAAUCAACAAUCUUCACUUAAAAUUUGCAAUAAACAUGUCAACGUCCCGCAAUUAUCCCGCUCCUCCCAUCGUACCGACACAUUCAGAAGGAUUCAUUCAUCCACCAACUCCAACGUAUUGGCAAAUACACAAUAAUCCGCCAAUCUAUCCACCACAGCCAUCACAGCAGAAUGGCACACCGCAAAACUCUACUACCGCAACCAAGAAACCUGUCCGUGAUAGUAAAAGACGUGCAACGCAUAGUCAAAUCGAACGAAGGCGAAGAGAAAAGAUUAAUGAUCGAUUGAUCACUUUACGUUCGAUUGUGCCUGCUUGUGUUGCGGAAAUUGAAGAAAGAAAGCGAGUGAAAUUUGAAGAAGAAGAGGAAGCAAGAAAGAUUGCUACAGGAGAAAUAAGUGCGAAUGCUGUAAGAGGAGGUAAGCGAAAAAGAAAUCGUAGAAGAGCAGCAGCGGCGGCGGCAACAAAGAAGGAAGGCGAAGGUGAUGAUAAAGAGGAGGAGCUAGGUUUACAUAAACUUGAAGUCUUGACGCAUACGAUUGAUUAUAUUUAUCAAUUGCAAGAGCGUAUACUGGAAUUGGAAACUGGUGUCAUUCCUCAAAAGAGAAGAGUGAACGAUGAAGAAGAACGAGAAGAUGAUCCAAUGGAUGUGGAAGAAAGCCGUGUUACAAGUGCAGGUGAUCGUAAAUCUUCACUCAUGGAAGAAGAUGAAGAUGAAGAAAGUUCAGAAGCACAUCUGGAAAUGGCAGAAUGGAAAGGAAUUCAAGUCAAACCGACAGGAACAAAGAAAGACAUUCGAAGACCUUCAUAUGGACGUCGAUCAAACAGUUUGAAUCCUUCUCCAAACAUUUUUGGUAGCUUUGUCGGAGAAUCACCUUUAUUUUCCGCAACUGCAAGUUCAUCUUCUGCAUCCGUUUAUACCACUUUGACAUCUCCUAUGAUGUCAUUAUCAGCCGAAUCGCCAAUCAUGUGUUUAGGAAUGGGUUCUUCCUCUGCAUCUCCAAAGGGAAACAAGGAACAAGAAGAAGUGAAUUUGUUGGAUAACAGUCUUCAAUCAAACAGAAAUAAGUCAAUUUUAUCAACCGCCAUACCGAAUUCGGGCGGCAAGAGUAGAUCACCUUUGAAGAUUGGCGGCGAACAAAGUUGGAGACUACCAAGUCCGGCACUGUCUGCUUUUGAUUCUCAUCAAAGGGCCAGGUCCAAUACCACUUUACAAAAACUACCAAACUUUUCCAAACCCGCACCACAACACGAUGAUGCUCGACUUUUGUUGGCUUUCAGUACUUCUCCAGAAGUUUUUAGACCUACGAGCGCCGAAAGACUUUCAACGGUUCAUCAUGAAACUCAUUCCAAUCACGGUAAAAAUUCCACUACCACCACCACCACCACCACCACCACAACGAAGCCGUUUAGGAUGAGUAAAAUAGUUGACGGUCGUUCUAUCGUUUUAGAUAGCGCUCCAGGCGGUACACAGCCUACUUCGCAUUCCGCUUUAUUACCAAGUCCACCCUUUUUGGCAUUGGACAAGUCGCUUGAAAAUCUCGAUCAAAGAUCAUCACACCACCAUCACAGCGAUUAGACAAGGGAAGGAAAAGUAUACGCUUUUUUGAAGUGUAGUUAUUCAUGUACAUAUAUGUUUCAUAUACCAAUCCAAUA